AUGGCGGCCACAACCGUUCCCUGCGUCGCAACCUACAAACCGUUGAUCGAGUCAUGUAUCCAAAAUCUUACCGGAGCGCGAGAGGAUGGUGACAUCGAUUCCCCCGUCCUCGAGACCGACUGCGCGGAGCUGGUCGACCAAAUCAGAACAAUUCGCGCCGAUACCGUUCCGGAAGCGCUUCAGAUACACAAUGCCGCAGUCGAAACAGUCUGUCGCGACAUUGUUGUCGACAUCGUGGCAUCAGUUGACAUCUCCGAGCCAGCAUUCGCCCAAGUCUGGGUCCUCCUUGACGUAAUCAACAUUUUAUCCGACAACGAAUUAUGCGAACCAGGUCUCGGCUUUUGGCUCGUCGAGGAGCUGCUGGACAGUCAGACUAUUGAAGGCUGCAGAAAGGUUUUUGAUUACCUUGAAUCGCGCAGGGAAAGGAUGACGGCGAAACAUUUCAAACAGAAGAACCUGGUCAUUCUCAGAUGCUGCAAUGAGUUGCUCAGGAGGCUGUCACGGGCUGAGGACACCGUAUUUUGCGGUCGCGUCUUCAUCUUCCUCUUCCAGAGCUUCCCUCUAGGUGACAAGAGCUCGGUCAACUUGCGUGGAGAGUUUCAUGUGGAGAAUAUUACUACCUUCGACCCGACCCCCGUCAAGUCAGAAGAUGCCAUCAAGCCCAUGGAACUCGACACCGGAACGCCCCAAGCGACCUCUGGAGCCGACACGCCUGCUUCAAGUGGCCAGGCUCAAGAUCAUGAGAAGGCAGCAAGAGGUACGCCAAUCCCUAAGACUGCCAAAUCAGAGCCCAAAGAACAGCCUCCCGACCUCGACGCUCUAUAUCCCAAAUUCUGGUCUCUCCAAUCUUUCUUUUCCUCCCCAACGAAGCUCUUCGAUUCCUCCAAUAUGGCUGCGUUCAAAGACGGCAUCGCUCAGACCCUCUCCUGCUUCAAAUCAGUCUCCAAUAGCUCUGCUCCGUCUACAAACCCGACCGAUGUGAAACGCAGUCUUAAGCGCAAACGCAACGAUGUUGACACGACGUCCAACUCGACUUCGACAUUCAACCCUAAAUACCUAACUAACAGAGACCUAUUCGAUCUUGAAAUCCACGACAUUGCCUUCCGCAGACACAUCCUAGUACAAGCUCUGAUCAUGAUCGACUUCCUGCUGAGCCUCUCGCCGAUUGCGAAAGCGAAAUUCGAAGGACUUACAAAUAAAUCUGUGUUGUACUCCUACAUCCUCUCAGAAGAAGAUACUAAAUGGGCACAAUCUACUCGCUCUCAGAUCGCAGCCUACUUACAACAAGGCGGAAACGGCAAUGAGGGGAAAUUUUACUACCGCAUGGUCGACACGAUCUUGUCAAGAGACAAAAACUGGGUGCGGUGGAAGGCUGAGAACUGUCCGUCAAUCUCGCGCGACGGUGUGUCGCCGCAAAUCUAUAUCGAAUCGCGUGACACACUCACGAAACUUGCCGAUUCCGCGCGAGCACCCCUAGUGAACCCACCUGGAGCAACCGAUCUCGCGUUCCUCUCGAAAAUUGAACCCCUCGAAGCUCUCAAGCAUCCUUCCAAACGUCAUCAAGUACCAAGUCUAGAGGAAUACUACAGAGGCAUCGAGAGGGAUGACCUAGACAUGGACUUCGCGAUGACGGAGGAAGAAAAGAAAGAGAUCGAGGAGAAGAAGGCGGGAAAGGUGUGGAGAGCCUUGCGGGCCAGCAAAAAUCGGUUCGUCAUGUGCGAGAAGGUGCAGUAUGGUGGCGACUUGAAGGCUCUGCUGGGGGCGGAUACACUCGAAGACCAUGGGGAGAAAGGUGGGGAGGUCGAAGCGGAGGCGGAAGACGACAAGGACAAAGACAAGGCCGAAGGCAACGAAAGCAGGACUGCGGAGCGGAAAACAGAUGGCGAUGACACUGCGCAAGCAGAAACGCAAGACGAAGGAGAGACAAAGUUCGAUACGACAGUGCCCGAGAUCUCGCAACCGACGCAACAGCCAGGACGAGAUAUGCCAGAAGAAAACACGACCUCGAAAACCGAAGACGCGGAAAUGACGGAUAUGGCUGAGCCGGCCUCGACCUCUAUUAACAAGACGGAAGAGAUCAAGAAUGGGACCAACGGCGUGGCUCAGGACGACGCUGAUCGGGCUACAGGUGCGGGUGGUGGCGAUGGUGGCGAAAUGCCGUGA